AUGGACCAAGCAAACACCGGGUCUCCUAGAGACCGCUUUGAGAGGGUUGAGGAUGCCAUCCAAAGACAGGAGGUCACGAUAGCUACCUUAGCUACCGAGACCCACCAGGCAACCUCAACCCAUGGACAAACGCUGGCUUACUGUACAACAGCUAGCUGCUACCAUGGCUGCUACCGUCCCUCCGCCCGCAGCUCCGGCACCCGCUCCAGCUCCUGGCCCGACUGUAUACGCUCCGGAGCCUCGUGUGGGAACGGCGGAACGCUACACUGUAAAAGGCAGGGUUCACCAGUAAUGGGGAGUAUACUGGUGGGCCAAACCUCUGAGCUGAUCCCCUAUCAAAGACCCUUGUGCCAUGCUCGACUCCUCCUGACAGGCAAAUCUCAGGCCCUGGCUGUCUUUAUCGACUCCGGAUCAGAUGUCAGCAUCAUUGACGAGGAACUCGCACGGCAGCUGGGCAUCCGACAGCUCCCCAUCCUUGCCUCUUCUGUUGUCAGUCUCUACUUCCUGGAGCUGACGGAUAUUUUCCAGCCGGUGCAUUCUGGGUACAGCUGUAAUGACCGCAGUCUGUCUCUGCCCUACAUCCUGCCCAGACAGGAAGUCUGCACGCUGCCUCUGCUCUUCAGCUUGGCCUUCGCUGCUCCCACCGCCACUAUUCUGAUCGGAGAGGCCAUUCUGUACUGCUAUCUGUCCCGGAGGUCAGCAGCCACUCAGACGGAGGCCAACAUCAACGCUGCAGGCUGUAAUUUCAACUCCUACAUCCGCAGGGCUGUACGCUUCAUAGGUGUCCAUAUCUUUGGCCUGUGUGUGACAGCGCUGAUAACGGACAUCCUCCAGCUGUCCACCGGGCAGCACCCCUACUGGCUGGAUGUGUGUAAGCCCAACCUGACCCACAUUAACAUGUCCACCUGUGAUGAGGCUUUUAUUCUGGAGGACAUCUGCUCUGGACAAGACCCCGGGCUCAUCAACGCUGGGAGGAAGUCAUUCCCCUCCCAGCAUGCAACUCUGGCUGCUUUCGCUGCGGUCUACAUCUCAAUGUACUUCAACGCGGUGUUGACGGACUCGGCCAAGCUGCUGAAACCUCUGCUCGUCUUCUCCUUCAUCAUGCUCGCCAUCCUGGCCGGCCUCACCAGGAUCAUCCAGUUCAGGAACCAUCCUGUGGACGUGUACUGCGGCUGGCUGCUGGGAGCUGCCAUCGCAGUUUAUCUGGGUGUGUAUGCUGUGGGGAAUUUCCAGCCGAGUGAGGAUCGGUCUAGAAGUCGAGCACCUACCCCGACCCUCAGAGAGCCCCCCCUCUCCUCCUUACCAAAUGUCAGCCAAUCAGCACUUAGCAACAGCCACCAAGGUCACCACACCCUGGCUCCCAGCCAACCAGAGCCCAUCAUCACAAGGACCUCCUCCCACACUUUGUCCCUCAACCAACCAGAGCACAUCCUGACUCGGAGCGCCUCCUACCGAGAGCCGUCUAUGAAUAUGAAGCGAGCCAGCGCUGACGUGGAGGUGAUCACCCCGUCCAGCCCCAUGGGCCCCACCGACAACAUGAUGACCUUCAGCAGCAGCACCCUGCCAAGGUCUCACGGAGGCUCCUCAUUGGAGGAGGGUCGCAAUCCACGUCGUCACGCCGCCAUCCACGCAUCAAUGGAUUCAACCAGAUCCAAACAGCUGCUCAGCCAAUGGAAGAAUAAAAACGACAACAGGAAGCUGUCCCUGCAGGUGAUGGAUGGAAUCAGACCUUGCACCUCCUCCUCUCCUCAGAGAAACAUGGAGCUGCGCUGCUCCUCUGAGCCUUCUGCCAUGGGCCUGGAGGCGGAGCUCCGCGCUGGAACACACCUGCCUUCACUUAUCAGCUGUCAGGAGACGGAGCUGCGUGCUGGGGGCCACAUCCCAGCUCAGUACAUGAAACUAGCGGCAAGCUCUGUUCCUAUGACCAAUCACAAUCACCUGCAACAUAACGGCAGCACAGGAAUGGCUGGUGGGGCCAGAGUGUCUAUCCAAUCCCGGCCUGGAUCCUCGCAGCUGGUUCACAUUCCUGAGGAGGAAAACGUCAUGAGCAGGGAUCAGGAGAGUGAGUCAGAGGACAGCAUGAUGGACGGUGGGGGGUCAGUGAGAGAGAAGUGGAUGAGAGUGGCCGAGAAGACCACCAUCCCCUGCAGGCCGCUCAGUGCUGGAGGACAGCCUCGUCUUAUGCAGGUGAUAGCCUUAUCCAAACAGCAGGGUCUGCUGUACUCUCCUCGGUCGGAGGACGGGGGAUCCGUUCGAUACAGAGCCCUGACAGACCAGGACCCAUCACCGCCGGCUUCCACCACUGGAGCAUUGGGAGGAGGAGGAGGUUUAGAAAGAAGUGGAAGUAUAGUCCGUAUCGAUGCCCACCCAGAGUCCAGAUCAAACAAACCUGUGGUGAAACCUCCGAGCACGGACGGAAGUGGCUCCUGGCGAUGGAAACCACCCGAUCAGCGGCCAUCCCUCCGCCAGUCGCCGUUCCCCCUCGACGACUUGAACAGACACACAGACAGCUGUGAUUCGCUAAGGGAUGGAGGGUCAGUGGACGGCCGGAGGAGCGUGACAGGAAUCGAAAUGGAAAGCGAUGGGGGAGGAGAUGGAGGGGGUGGAGGAACAGGAGAAGGGGGGGAAGAAGGUGUAUACACGAACCAUCCCCAUGUUGUACACCCUUUACAUCCCUUACAUCCAAAUAACCCCAACAACUUUCAGCACCCCAAUUUUAACCCCAACAAUCCCAAUUUUAAUAACAUUCACCUUAACUUUAACCCUAAUUCUGCCAACUUUAACCCUAACUCUGCCAACUUUAACCCUAACUCUGCCAACUUUAACCCUAACUCUGCCAACUUUAACCCUAACUCUGCCAACUUUAACCCAAACUCUGCCAAUUUUAAUCCUAACUCUGUAAACUUCAACCCAAACUCUGCCAAUUUUAAUCCUAACUCUGCAAACUUCAACCCUAACUCUGCAAACUUCAACCCUAACUCUGCAAACUUCAACCCUAAUUCUGGCAACUUUAACCCCAAUUCUGCAAACUUCAACCCUAACUCUGCCAACUACAACCCAAACUCGGGCAACUUUAACCCCAACUCUGGCAACUUUAGCCCCAACUCUGGCAACUUUAGCCCCAACUCUACCAACUCAAACAUGACGAUACCCCCCCCUGCCAGCUUUGCUCCUCCCUUCCAUCCCCACCCUCAGGCCAUCACCACCAUCAGAGUCACUCCGGUGGAUGGAACGGCUGCCAGCAGCGACGGUGGAUCGGACUGCCAGUCCGUGGCCUCUUCGAGUUGUGAGUCAACCCUGAGGAGGAAGAGUGGCUCCCACAUCAUCCAUGUCUCAGAUCGAGGGCCCACACCCGACCUCCACAAUAACCACCGCAUCUGUGAUGACAGUAACCGUUACGACAACGAAAGCCUUUUUCAGGAAAACUUUCAAAGUUUCCAGGAAAACCCCAUCCACCCUAACCAUCCCAACCACCCCAGCAGGCAGUUGCAGGGGAUGUUUGGGCGUCCCAGCCCAACGCCUCCCCCUACCCUACCCCGCCCCAUAAUAACUCACACUCCACCACCUACUCUGGGGUUGGCCUACAAAGAAUGAUACACUUUUUGUUAAAAUCAUAUCCUAAACCUGGAAUUUAAAACAUGUCCUUCUUGACCAGAACAAUAUUUAAACAAAUAUGAGAGCAAGUUUGGUUAAGUCUGUCCACCACCUAGGGUCAGCUAUUAGGGAAUCGGAAGACCAAAAACAUUUAGGACCCAACUGCAACCUGUCACCUGGUCAAUAAGGGCACAAUAUUUGGCCAAUUGUGACGCCCAGCAGCUUGCUGACUGAAAAUGUGUUAUUUCUUUAAAGGAGACGUACCUGAGCUGAUCAGGACCUAUUUUCAAAAAGUUAUGCUUCCCCUUUGGGUCAAAAGCCAUAGAGAGUAGGAACACAUUUAGCUCGGCCCAGAAUCUCCCACUGGCAAAUACGACAUAACUCUUGGCAUUGCUGCUCACAAGAGGGGUAAGUUUGAUUCAACAUGUUUACUUUUUGUCACUUUUUAUUCGUAAAUGUGAAAAAUGUAGUACACUUGCUUCCUAGGCUCAAAGAUAAUGGGCUUAGUAAAGUGCUGACCCUUCGACUGGCUCAGUAGCUGUCCCAUUGCUCCCUGCCAGCGAGGAAGUCAGCCUAAGAACUGCUAUGUCAGCUUUUUAUCACAACAACAGUGCAGCGCUCAUCCUUUUGUCAUACACAGGUGACAAUAUUAAUAUAUCAACAUUACAGGGAUCCCACAUGUCAUCAGAUGGACAUUUGCAUUCAAAACCUGUAAAUGUGCUGUGUAUGCACAUUUGUACAUAUGAAUGUGGGUGGCCACAGUGGAAACUAAACCCACAGUCACAAUGAGAAUUGUGUCUUGGCUACAAGGUGUCCCUUUUUGGCAAUAACAGUAUAUCCUGGUGGUAUUGUGUUUGUGAUGAAGAACAAUAACAUGGGACACAGCUUGUGUUUAAAAGUAGUUCAACAAGCGCUCUGUUUUUUACAUGCUGUGUGUUAUAGAUGUGCACUGUAUAAACUGUGUCUGUGUAGUAACUGUACUGUACAUUGACACAUGCAGCAUGUGAGUCUUCUGAACCAACUUAGAGCAUACACAAGAACUUUCUGUUUGGUUCAUUUUCACCACGUCCCCCAGCAUUGCAGUAUUACAAUUAAAGUAAAAGAAAAAGGGAUGAUAUUGUGAGGAAAUGGUUUUCUAUGUCAAAAGAUAGGGUUUUAGUUAUAUUCAAAAAAGUUAGUAUUUUAUGAGAAUAGUCAGGAUUUUAC